AUGGCGGACAGGGAGUCCUACACCGAGAUGACCAGGCUCGUCCCCGCCCCCCCUACUGAGGCCAAGCCCCCGGGCCUUAACCCCCGCUACCCUUGUAGGGCUAGGCUGCCCUGGUUGGCUGCCCCAGCUGGUGGCAGCAAUGAGAGGAUCGUCCUCCGCCCCCCUGCUGAGGCCAAGCCCCCGGGCCUUAACCCCCGCUACCCUCGUGGGUCUAGGCUGCCCUGGUUGGCUGCCCCACCUGGUGGCAGCAAUGAGAGGAUCGUCCUCCGCCCCCCUACUGAGGCCAAGCCCCCGGCCCUUAACCCCCGCUACCCUCGUGGGGCUAGGCUGCCUUGGUUGGCUGUGGCUGAGGAGGCUGAUGGCCAGGAAGCCUGGAUCACGGCGGCCCACUCCGACACCGUGUCCCCCCGUGCACGGGCUCUGGGUGCCGCCUCGAGCCAGGGGACUUCCCCGGGCCAAACCCCCCCAAAUGAGCCGGCCCAGGGCUCCCUCAGCGGCCCCCAGCGAGACCCACCAGAGCCCCCCGGGCCCCACCCCUUUCACAAACCUGAGCUGGCCAUGACACAGCCUCACUCUCAUCAGCUCAGAGAACUUUGUGGUUCUGAACGCAGGGAGGAGAAGAUGGAAGGGCUCAUGGUGCUGCGCAGUCUGGCCCAGAACCACGUGGACACGCUGCUUCCCAGGCUCCGCGACGUCUGCCUCGCCCUCGUGCAAGAGGUGAAGAACCUGCGUUCGGGCGUGUCCCGCGUAGCCGUGUGCACGCUGGGCGUCCUGUACUGCCACCUGCAGCGGGCCAUGGACAAGGAGGUGGACACCACGGCCAGGGCGCUGCUGCACAAGGCGGCCGAGAGCAACGCCUUCAUCCGGGAGGAAGUGGACGCGGCGCUGGGCCACAUGGUGCGGCACUGCACGCCGGCACGCUGCAUCAACGCCUUUCUGGACGGGGGUUUGAGCCACCUGAUCGCGGCGGUGAGGAAGUGCGCCGCCCAGCACCUGGCCGACCUACUGGAAAGGGUGGGCGUGGCCCGCCUGCUGUCCGGAGGGAAGGACGUGAUGGACAGAAUCCUCCCGGCCGUGGUCAAGCUGGCCCUGGACUCCUCCCCGGAACCCAGGUCCUUUUGCCGCCGGAUGUUGCUGUUCCUGUCCUCCCACUGGGACUUUGAUAGCAUGCUGGAGAAGAACAUCCCGACCAAGGACCUUUCCGCCGCCCGCAAGAGGGUCAGCGGACUCAAGGCAAAGGGUCUGGGUGAGACGCCCCAGACCCCAGCCUCGCUUCCUGGCAGUGGCACCGUCAGGGCCUCGACGCUCCAAAGGAAGCUCCCCAAACCGACCUCCAGGGAGCCCAACAGCAAGUACAGCUCCAAACCUCAGGGGCCCAUCAUCGACAUCAGGCAGCUCACCGCUCUGCUGGAGUCCAAGGACUUCAGGGAGCGCAUCAAAGGCAUCGACCAGCUGGUGGCCGACUGCCAGCACAAGCCCAGCAUGGUCGUCCGCAGCCUGUUCCCGGUGUUUGACGCCUUCAGAGACCGCCUGCAGGAGUCCAACCGUAAGGUGAACCUGUACGCCCUGGAGGCCCUGCAGGGGAUGGUGCGCCUGCUGAAGGAAGACCUGUCCGGGGUGCUCAACCACCUGGUGCCCGCCAUCGUGGACAACCACCUCAACUCUAAGAACCGCGCUGUGUACUCGGCCGCCACAGGGGCCCUCUGCGAGCUGGUGCUGAACCUUGGAGAGGACAGCAGCCUCCUCCUGGAGCCUUUCUGCUUCAAGGCACAGGUUCUUAGCGGCCAAGCAAAGGUGGAUCUGAUCGAGAAGGUUGCAGAGCUGGUGACGGAGCUGUACCCCCGCCGGCCCCAGCUGGUGGAGCAGAAGGCGCUGCCCCUGCUGUGGGGCCUGCUGGGCCCGUCCAGCGGCAGCGUGCACCGGGCGACCACCAGCCUGUGCCGAGCCCUCCACCAUCAGAUGGGGCCCGGCCUGCGGCAGAGCGGUGCCUCCCAGCCCCCGAGCGUCGGCAGGGACCUCAACCAGCUGCUGAGAACCAUGUCCUGAAUAAAAAAUGACGUAAGGACGGGAACGAGAAGAAUCACUGCUCUCUUUGCACUUUUACAGGUAGCUUGUUUUGCACUUUAACAGGUACAAUUUACAAUUACAAUUAGGGCAUUUUAUCCAAAGCGACUUACAUCGGAUAAUACACACAUUGACACACCGACGGCAGAGUCAACCAUGCAAGGUGACAGCCAGCUCGUCAGGAGCAGUUAGGGUUAAGUGUCUUAAUCCGGGACACAUCAACACUCAGCUAGGAGGAGCUGGGGAUCGAACUAGCAACCUAUUACAAGACAACUGCUCUACCUCCUGAGCUAAGCCAAUCUGAACAGGUAGCCUCUCAUCCUGUUAUCAAAGCCUGGGGCCUCAUUUAUCAACCGUACUUACGCGCAGAUUUGUGCGUAAGGAGGGCGUAAGAUAAUUGCCACGCAAAGUAUGGAAUUCACCAAAAUGUACUUAUAGGUAGGAAUGCGUGUAAAUUUAAGCACAGCUCUAGCCAUGCUUACGAACAGAAUCUAGUGGUAGAAAAGUGAUAUUACAAGUGCAAAGCAAAGCAUUUAAGAGUGUCAACGUCUGCAUUAAGCAAUCGACAUCCACAUAUGUCCCAUGUUUACUUUAAUUAGAAAACAUCCCAUUACUCCUUUAUCUAAUUAAACAGACAAAUUACCUAAUUGGUGUCAAACCCUAUAAAAGACAGCUGUGAGAAAUGUUGGAAAUCUAGUGCAAUGGCUUAUCUUGCGUUAUUGGAAGACUUGGCAAACCAUGCGCUCCGCAGGGAGCGCGUUUUCAAAGAUUGUGCUGAUCUGCUUGGAGAGAGCACAGAGUGGCUUCUUAGUAGGUACCGCUUACCAAAGAAUGUACUGCUGGAUUUGUGUCGUGACUUAGGGCCAAUGUUGGCUCGAGACACGAGACUCACAAACGCAAUCCCUGUGCAUAUCCAACUCCUUUCCACCCUGGGAUUUUUAGCUGCCGGCACGUUUCAGCCGGUUGGAGGUUGGAGACAUAUCCGGCAUUUCUCAGCCAUCGAUGAGUAGGACCAUGCCGGUGGUGUUGGACGCAAUUAUUUCCCUGGCCCCAAACUACAUCCAGUUCCCUUACAGAGAUCCCCAACAAGCCAAAAUCAAACUGAGCUUUCACGCCAUCGCCGGAUUCCCAAACAUAAUUGAAGCCAUC